GAGGCGGGAGGAGGCGAUCGCGAGCGGCAGGCACUAGGCGCGCAGGCCCGCGCCGGGUUGCACAGGCGGGCUGGGCGGGGUGGGCGCCGACGCCCCUCGGCGGCCAGCCCUCGGCGCAGCUCCGCACCCUGUCCCGCAGGAAGCGCGCGCUGAUUGACAGCUGCGAUGUCCCCAAAAGGCUCCGCGAAGAUGCUGAUCCGCGGGUGGGUCUAGACGCGCGGCCGGCGCGCCCGGUGCCGCCUCCCCUCCGCACGCCUCCUGAGCCCCGCCGCCUCCCGGCCGCGGAGGAGCCGGGCCGAGGCCCCCGCCGGCUCGCCAGCCCCACGGCCCCGGCUGGCGGGCGCUCGCCCGGGCUCACCAUGCACUGCCACGCGGAGCUGAGGCUGAGCUCGCCCGGCCAACUCAAAGCAGCCAGGCGGCGCUACAAGACUUUCAUGAUCGACGAGAUCCUCUCCAAGGAGACCUGCGAUUACUUUGAGAAACUUUCCCUCUACUCCGUGUGCCCGUCGCUGGUCGUGCGACCCAAGCCUCUGCAUUCCUGUACCGGCCCCACUUCCCUCCGGGCAUAUCCCCUCCUCUCGGUGAUCACCCGACAGCCCACAGUCAUCUCCCAUCUGGUCCCCACCACCCCGGGAAUCGCCCAGGCUCUGUCCCGCCACCCAGCCACUGAAGCUGCCUCUGCGGAGGCCCCAGGCGAGAACCACGGCAGCAGCGAGUCUGAGACGGAACAGCCCACGCCCCGGCAGAAAAAGCCCCGCCGGAGCCGCACCAUCUUCACCGAGCUGCAGCUCAUGGGCCUGGAGAAGAAGUUCCAGAAGCAGAAGUACUUGUCCACCCCAGACAGGUUGGACUUGGCCCAGUCUCUGGGACUCACUCAACUGCAGGUGAAGACCUGGUACCAGAACCGCAGGAUGAAAUGGAAAAAAAUGGUUCUUAAAGGUGGACAGGAAGCACCCACAAAACCCAAAGGUCGUCCCAAGAAGAACUCCAUCCCCACAUCAGAAGAGAUAGAAGCUGAAGAGAAGCUGAACAGUCAGGUUCACAGCCAGGAGCUCCGGGAGCCCACCCAGAGCCUGGAGGGGCUCUGUGAUACGCAGGAACCAAAGGCACGUGUUGUCUCUGUGGAGGUGGCCGAGUCCCCAGGCCAGGUCCAGGAGUUGCCAGUAGCCUCUCCGGAACCCCCACCAUCAAGCUAAAAUAAAACUCUUGGUCGGGGGGAAGGGGGAGACUGGGAAGAAGGGAAAGAGAGAGGGCAGGGAGACCAGGGAGAAGAAAGCUGCCAAGAGCCCGAGACCUGGGGGAGAAGACCACGGCCAGCUCCCUCCCUCCUGCCCACGGCUCUCAGCUCCACCUUUUGAGGAAGACUUGCUAGCCUUGGCCUGCUCUUCCUGAAAGGCUGCCUAAGCCACACAAGCCCUUGACUAAGGGCCACAGUGCCUUGGAACUGCCAGCCCCAGUUGGGGUGACGCCAUGGAGCUGUCCAGGUCCAAGCUCCCCCUGGCAUGAUGGGGGACACUCCGACCAGCCUCGGAGCAGCUAGCCAUCAAAGCAGAGAGAGAUGGAGGAGUGGGCAGCAUGCCCAGGUUCCUUGCUGACUCAGCACUUAUUUCUGUAGCUUUAAAAGAGAAUUUAAUGUUUUUGAUUGUUGUUUUUUUUGGGGGGGAGGGGUGGUCGGUGAGGGUGGGCAGAUAAGAGUUGGGGGAAGGGAGUUUUGAGUUAAUAGAAUAAAGUUUGUUUGAAGACACGUGUGCCUUUGUACCCAUUAUAAGGUAGUCAGGUGACCCAGGAACUGAUAAACCUUGUUUUUCUCGCUUGAUUCAGUUGCCGUCCCUGAAGCUGCAAUGCAGAUAUGUUAAGAUAACUUUUAUUUUUUAAUUAAAAAUAAAUCUUUCAAAAAA